UCUGACGGAUACGUUGUAUAGCAAAUAGGGAAUCGUGAUGUUUGUGUAAAUCAAGCUGAAAAUGUUUUGACAAUGUCUGGUUUAGCUGCAAUCAAAGCAUUCAGAAAUUUUGAGCAAUCUAAACUAAUCUUUGAAUUCCUGUAGCCUAGUCAUUAAAGCCACUAGCCCAAGGCUAUGGGACACACACAGUUUCGCCUCCCAUGCAGGCAUUUUAUCCCUUCCUGUGAGGUGAAGAGGAAUACAACUCUUGUGGUGCCUUGGAAUAUAAUGUAGAAGGUGCAGUCGCACUUUUUAGCAACAUGUUGAAAGUGUUUAUAUAUAAUACCCCUUUCCUUUUAGUUCUGGAUAUGACAAUCAGAACCAUCUCAAAGCAGACAAAUGUGAAAGCUAUGGUAUGUAAAUUAAUAUUAAAUAAAUAAUAUUAAAUGAUAUUUUGUUAACAGUAAAAGGAAAAGUUAUUGGCAAACUCCUGGAAAUAAUUUCUCAUUCAUUAUUAUAAUACGUGCAAAAUGUAUCUGUUCAUAUUACAGACAGUAGGCAGCAUUGAAGACCCGGAAAAGAACCCUAAAGCUGUGGACAACUGGAUUGACUGUAUCAGGUGUGAUCAUAUAUGUUAAUACUAAUCUAUCCACAUACAUUGAUUACCAUGUGAAAACAAUAAAGGUCAAUCCUGCAUUUUGUAAUAAUUACCCAAGUGCCUAGGUACUUGAUAAUUAAUAGAAAUAUUGUUAUUAUUAUUAUUAUUAUUAUUAUUAUUUUAUUUUAUUUUUUUUUUAAUUGCAAGUAAAAAACAAAAAAAAAUUAUGCAGAAUAAAGAAAUGAAUAAAAAGAAAAAAAAAUUGCGAAUUUACACACUUACACGGCAAUACUUAAAUUACAAGUAUUAUAAAAUGUUAUUAUAAAUUGUAGCUUAAACUUGCAUGGUUUAUAAAUUGUCUGACCUUUAUUUUAAUGAAAUAAUGUACUAAAUGUAAUUAUUACAAAGACAAAUAAUCAUCAGUGGUAGUUUUCACAGGUGACACAUAACCGUUGUAGUUUGUACACUGCAUAUUAAUUUUUGACUUGUUUGCAGAGAACUUCAUCAACAAAAACCUGCUCCUGCAGUUCAUUAUCAGAGGUGAGGAGUUCCUAACUAAAAGCAGAGAUUUUGUUUAAGAUUGGUUUUAUCAUUGCACUUCAUUUUACUUGACUUGAAUUAAGAAACACUGGGUUGAAAAGGUAUUUGGGAAAAUGAAACUGUGUGUGUUAUGUGGUGGUGAAUUAUUAACUUCUCUCAGCUUGGGUGAAGAGAAGGGACAACCAGAAAGACAUCUGCAUUUUUCACAAACUAGUCUCCAGGACUACCACUGGAUUUCUGCAUUUUAAAGGAGACUGUCUUUGUAAACUUGUCAGCUCAGAUACAUGUGUGUGUGCAGGAAUGAGUGUAUAGUAUUGAACAAGUGCAUGUUAACAGAGGAUUUCACGUCUAUGAGUAUCUACGAGUGGGCCUAAAGUUCUUGAAAAGUUCUUCAUCCUGUCUAAUAUCACCACUUUGCUUGUCUGCCUUGUAGCCUAAAAAACUCUUUCCGUUCACUUCAAAAAAUUCUUUGUGUGGUUCUGGAACCCUUUGUAGGUUAAAUGCUUUCUCUUAAAAAAGUAAUGGAAGAGUAUAUGCAAAUCAUUUUCAGCUAAUAAAUUCGGCGAGGUUGCUAAAUAAAGUAUACGCCCAUAAUAGGGCUUAGACUAUCCUCAGAGACCCAGGGGCAGCUAGUCAGGACGAUAGAAUGUUCAUGGUGAAAGUUUACCAUAACAAUAAACUUUCACCACAAACAUCCUAUCGUCCCAACUAGCUGCCCCUUGGUCUGCGAUGAUGAGCUUAGACAUGGUCUUUUCUUUCUUAUUUUAACAGAAACAUGCCAGAUAUUGAAUUUCUUAUGCAAGAGUGGCCAGAGGAAUUUGAAGAACUUUUGAAUAAGGUAUUUAGUAACUUUGUCCUUUAGUAAGAUUUCUUUACAAUCUGCUGGGGAAAAUGACUUUAUGUAAGGGUUAUCGGCCUGAAGCGAGGGGUCAUGUGAUUUAUUCCCCUCGUGCGUUGCCCGAGAGGAAUAAAUCACAUAACCCCUCACUUCAGGCCGAUAACCGUUACAUGCUGGCACUGGUGGCAUUCACAAGUUUCUUAGCUUUUUAAUUAUGUUAGUUUUUCAAAGUCGCAUGUCAAAUUAGUUGUUCGCAGUGAAUGCUAGAAACAGCCUAAAGAGCCUAGCAGUGUCGAGCGAUUCAGAGCCAGAAGUAGAGCCCUUUAUUACUCAAACUAAAGCAGCUUCAGUGGCGGUACUGCAAGAGCUUUCGGAAAACAAUUUGAAUCUUCAGUUUGCGGCUGCAGAAAACGAACAAGCAGUUGACAAUUUCAUUUUCGCACCGAGGAUCUUUCGACCGACCUGCAUGUUUACAUAAAAGAAGAUUCCGGGCGAGGGAUCACUACUGUAACUCACAAGGAAAUUCAGUUGAGGAAUGAAGCAAGAAUACCACAAAACACGAAGAGGUCAACUACAUGUCUUCAUAGAGUACACUAGUUUGGGAUGACUGGUUAAAGAACGGAACACCUUACCAUGACAGCGACACUUUCAUGGAACCGUAGAAAAGACGCUCUUCAAUUUCGAACUGUCGUUCUGGCUGUGAAAAUCGAUGAACCAACAACUAAGAAAAUCCGUGAAUGUGGCGCAAAAGAAACGCGGCUAAGUUUAAUUUUAGUAAUUAUAGCGUCGUGUUUAAUAUUUCCAAUAAACAUUUGUGAUUUUUUUCUUUACGAAAAGCUAAUUAAAAUGCGAGGGGAUUAUGUAUUAAUAUCAUAAUAUGCAAGGGGGAUAAGUGACUUAUCCCCCUUGCAUAUUAAUACAUAAUCCCCUUGCAUUUUAAUUAGCUUUUCAUUAGCCCCGCUCUUUCCUUCAAACAAUCAAUGCCGCACCUAGCUUUUCAGACAGUUGAUUCGGGGGUUAUGUAAUAUAUUCCCCCCGAAAAGAACAAAGGAAUCCGAGCUUAUGUAAGAAUAAGCAGAAGAAACAUGCAUGAUGCAAAUCCCAUCCAGGGUUAAAAGCUAAACUGAAGUUCUUUUUAGGUUGGGCUUCCAACAGCUGAUCUGGAUGUUGAUUUAAAACAAUAUGUUGACUUGGUCUGUGGUAAGUUGUAAUCAUUCAUUCAAGUAAUACUAGGGAUUGGGGUGCCUUAGUGUACAAUCGGUGACAAAAUUGUUGACUGAAACAUUGUACUCAAAUAGGGUAACUUCAGAGAAGAAAAGAGUCUACAUCCCUCCCGUGUUCCCUCCAUUCAAAGUUGGGGUGUUUGUCGUUUUCUAAAGGUAGCUCGAACAGUGGCACAACAUUGUAUGGAGGGGAUGGGGGAGGAAAAGCUAUAUCUCCUGUUUCUGAAGUCAGUAAAAUGUCAAAAAGCCCCUUAAGGGCGAAGUGUCUCAACUCAUUUUAUCACUGAUUGCAGCUAUUACACAUUAGGAUACAAAGCUACUUGUAUCAGUUAUCCAGACCAGGGCUAGUGGGCAAGGGGUGCAUUACCCUAUGUAAUGGCCAGUGCUAAAGGGUAUGGGUUUUUUUUUUACCCAUGGAGGUAUCACUUUAGGUUGUUCAUGAAAAGAAAUUCUUAAAAGUAACAAAUGACAUUAUAAUAAUGUUAUUGUUGGAAUAUGGUCUCCUCUAUAGUUUACAAUAAAUAAAAUCUUACCUACACCCACAUUGGUGACCCUCUAAUAUGGUUUAACUCUAAUAUCAUUUUUGGACGACCAUUUCCGUCGUUUUCAUACAAGACUUCCCCCAAAUCUGAAAUGAAGUAUAGAUUUUAACCAUUUUAAACUGAAAUAGGGCAAGUCUUAAAGUGCUCUCUGGAACCAGGGUCUUUAACUCAGUAUGUAUUGAAAACAGCAGUUUAGGUCGAAAUUAGGGUAAGGGGAAACCAGAAACGUUUUUCUGAAAUAGGGCAAGGGUUUCAAUGAGUAUUCCCACCUCAAGGAUUGCAUAGGUAGUUAAAAACACGUGUAGCACGUGUUGGUGCAGGUGUUUUUGUGAUGUGAAAAACUUGAAUCAACUGUCCAAGUGAAUAAUAAAACAUUAAGCCACCAUUAUUAAAUAGACGUAUAAAUUAGGAAUACAAUGUCAUUCAUUUUAAGAAACAUCAAGACUAAGAUCUCGUAUCAAUUACUUCAGAUAAGAAGCCAGUAGACAAAGGUUAAUGUUCAACUGAACUGGUUCUCAUUUAAAUCCUUUUUGACAGGUAUUCUCGGCAUUCCUGUACAUAACAACAGAAUCCAUGCCCUUCAUGUGCUGUUCACACUAUUCUCAGAAUUCAAGAACUCACAGGUAUAAAAGCAAUCCGUAAACUCCUAUUAAUUAUAUAAUUAAUUAAAUUUUACACUGUUCAAGAUUUCAGUGCCAGUCAAGCCUUACUUUUCUAUGACUUCAGAUUCAAAUUUAUUUUGUUUGCACCUUUUUUUCCCUACACCAGCAUUUUAAACAACUUGCCAAAGACAACCAACUGUUAAGUGACCUGCGACUGGAUAGUGGUAGUGGCAAUCCUUAUACUGGGGGUGUGGCAGCUACUACAGAGCACAUGACACUUAGUGGUGAAGAGGCACAGACUAUGAGCUUUGAUGACUAA